AUGGAGUUAUCACUGCAAGCGCGGUACCGAUGGCAAGGGGGCCCGCGGUCUGUGCGGGGCAAAGGGGGCCCGCAACGGUUCACGCCACCACUGCCACUGGCACCGGUCAUCAGUCUUGGAAGGCCAGCGGAACCCACAGCCACGAUAACGGUGGUACCGGUACUACUCAUACCUCAACGGUGGUUCCACUAUAACCGCUUACCUCAACAUUGCUACCCCGGUUCCUCAUACCCGGUAUCAAGUCGUACCUCCGGUCCAGUACCUCAACGCAGGUCGCCAGGUCCGGAACCUGGCACUAUUUGA